AUGUUUGUCUCAUCUCUCAUUCUUCUCGCAGGAGGCGCGGCAAUGGCUGUGGCAGAUGGAUGCCACGGCGACAACCUACUCCGGGCUAUGGAGCGGCACAACGGGACGAUGUACUGCUCCAUGCUCCUGAACUCUGGUGACGCCACUGGGACGCUGAGUUUACCGGAUCCUAUGCCGACGAGUUAUCCCGCCCUAUCCGUAACAUCAGCGUGCUCUUGUCUUCUCAGUCUCGACCCAACACCUCGGGCACCUUGCCACGCAAAUGCGACGGCAACGCCGGCAGCUGAUUACUCUACUGUAGUCGAUGAUCCCGGAGCAACUAACGCAGCAUCAGCCACGGCAGCCUCGGAUUCCCAUACCAUCCCAACAGCCCACGCAACUUUCGAAGGGGGUUACUCUUAUUCCUUCCCCGGCCCAGCUAUCCCAUCCGAGACAGCGUCGAAGUGUGGUUGGGGCGAGGUGACCGCCACAGUCCAAGUCACAGAAACGCAAGUCAGCACGAUCUACAUCUACAGCUCCGAGAUCCCAAACCCAAGCAGCGUGCAGAGCCUUUCGUCCGUGAGUGACGGGGACAGCGGUGGUCGGCCUGUCCCGCUUUCCACGACGAAGACUAUCACCGGCAACGCUAGUGGGACUGCAUCUGGAUUCGUGUCGACUGUAACGUUGAUCGGAGACUCUACCGUUAGUUUGCCCACGCAACCUGGGACGACGGUUGAAUCGACGGCAGCAGUGCCAAGAGUGAUUACGAUUACCAACGGGAACUACACGACAGUCAAGACGGUUUUUGGGAGCGCCUCUGAGCCGAGUUCUACAAGGUCCAUGGUGGGAAUCACUUCGGUUAUCAACGGGGUUACAACGACCAUCACUGGAGCUCCUGGAUCGUCUUCUUGGAGUCUGUCUUGGCUUUCUAGCACUACUGGUGCUCCGAGCCAACAAACAACAGUCGGUACGCCCAUUGUUCCACCUGCAGUCACCACAAUCACGAGUGAUGUCGGCGGGAUGGCAUCGACUUGGGUCGUUACGCUAAGCGUAAGCACCAGCAGCGGUCCAUUCGCCAACAACAGCACACCGACUCAACUCCCGACCCCCUCAGAAACCACCCCGGGUGCCUUCACUGUCUUUACGAGUAUCAUCAAUGGGGAUGCUUCGACGUGGACCGUGAUAGGUGGCUCAACUCUUGUCGGUUCUCCCAACUCGACCUCGCCCACGUCCACGCCAAGCCCCUCUCAAGCUGCUGAGGUUAGCAUCAUCACGAGCGUCAAUGGAGGGGUUGCUUCUACCUGGACGGUGAUUGGAGGCACAACUGUUGGAAUUCCGUCAAAUGGGAGCGUAGUUCCAACGCCUCCUCUGACUCCAUCUGCAACAGAGACUGGGGCAUUCAGCGUAAUCACAAGCGUGGUUGGUGGUGUUGGCUCGACUUGGACGGUCAUCGGAGGUUCAACCCUCGCUAGAUCUCCAACUCUUAGUGCUAACCCCUCUAUCAUCACAAGCAUCAUUGACGGUGUUGCUUCGUCGUGGACUGUCAUCGGAGGCUCUACCAUCUCCGUGAACCCCAGUGAGAUAUCACCGAGUCCGACGGUAUCUGGGGCAGCCACGGUAAUCACGAGUGUGAUAGGAGGGGUCGGGUCAACCUGGAUUGUUAUUGGAGGCUCGACAAUCGCGAACCCAACAAAUGCCACGGGAUCGAUUCCUACACCGGCCACAACUGGCGAUGUAGUUGUGGUCACGAGCAUAGUUGGAGGUGUCGCCUCUUCAUGGACGGUCAUUGGAGGCUCAACAGUCAGUCCGGUGCCAAGCGCUACGACUGCUCCAUCUGAUCUGCCACCUGGUGCGAGCGUCGUUACCAGCGUCAUCGGGGGAGUUGCUUCUUCAUGGACGGUGAUCGGUGGCUCUACUAUCAGUCCGACUGCAAGCCCACCUUCUGCUUCGGGCGAACUACCACCCGGCGCAACUGUCAUCACGAGCGUUAUUGGGGGCAUCGCCUCGUCUUGGACAGUAAUCGGAGGCUCAACCAUCUUCGCUUCGUCCGACGCCACAGCAGGGUCUCCCACGGCAACCGCUACUCCGACAGUCAUUACUAGUGUCAUUGAUGGUGUGGCUUCAACGUGGACAGUCGUCGACGGUUCCACCAUUUUUGGUACCCUGACGCCAGGCUCUUUGAGUCUGAUAACACCGACAGCUGUCAGCCUGACUGGCGGCGCCACGUUCGUGAGCACUGUCAAUGGUACAGCCCCGACAGCGGGUAGCUCAUCAUCCACGACUGGGUUUUCAUCUGCGCCGGCGAGUACCUCGGCGACCUCAACCUCAAUUCAUGACUCCGCUUUCACGGGUAUCUCGGUCAUUGUAGCGCAAAAUGCGACUUCGUGCUACGCCCUUCCAACACCUACAGCAUCGCUACAUGAGUCUCUCCUGAACGUCACUAACCGUACUCCUCCGUACAUCGACGCGUUCUACCUCAAUGAGACUACGCACUCCGUUCAGUACCUCCGCCUGAUAGACAAUGCCACCAACCCAGUUCUCGUCGACGUCUCCGACCCAUCAAGACUUGGAAUCCUUGACAAAGCCGGCAAUGUGCUCUCCAUCGACAGCGAGGGUUUGCACUUUGCCUCGGCCAAUUGCUCACCCAAGAUUGACGUCUUCAUCUCUGGUUUUUUCCAGCAACUGAACACCCUGACAAAUUCGACCUGUACAAACACUACUGAUAUCCCAGUAAACGGCACAAAUCCUCGCCGUCUUCCCGUUUUCAAAGGGACGUUGGCCGAGAUGGCACAAGACGCAUUCGACAUCACUCUCCAUCUCAAAGACCAGUGCGGUAAUCCUGCCCGUGCUGAUCUGCCAGUAUCAGUCGCGCUAGGUGAUACCCAAUGCAUUGUUCUCCCAGAUGUCACGGGAGACUUUGUCGCGAAUUGCGCAUUCCCGGGAAGCGGGAGCGAUUCCAUGGAGUGUGAGACGUCUGUUCAACAGACUCUGGAUCAUUUGACGCAGGGAUCUCUGGUGGGGAGUUGUCCACCUCUCACGUCGGUGUGGAGUCUGCUCUUCCAGCAACUCGGCAGUGUUAUCAACGUCGACGAGCUUCUGCAGCCCUUCAUCGAUGCUGGAUUACAACUUGGCUCUGAUGCCGGCAAGGGAAUCCUGGCUGUCAUUGACAGCUUUAUGAACCUUUACGAUUUCUCGGCCGCAACGUUCAAGAACUCGACUUCGGGCUCUGGAUCGGGUCUAGGUGAUAUUGUUGAGGGAUACGGUGUCACAACUAUCAAGACGGAAGUCUGCCGUUCUCUCAUCUCGACUGAGACGUUGAACCUCACUUUCACGGCUGGAACCUCCACUACACCCAUCUCACUCGCGAACAUAACGGCCCUACCCUCAUCAGGCCCAGAGUACGAGCGCAACAUCACGGACCCGACAGCACUUGCAUGCUGCCCGAAUGCAAACGCUUGCAUCGUGCAAGAUGGAGAACGGUUCUACCCACCCGAAGCCUCUAUCCCUGACUCUGACUGCCUCUGCGGCAAGACUCUGGAGGGCGGGGGUAUUGGGUUCCGGACGGGUAGAUGCGUUGGGUAUGAUCAGUGUAACGCGACAUCGCCCUGUGCUGGAGGUGGAUCCGAGUGA